AGACUUCGGACAAGAGGCAGUGCAACUUGCAAAGAACUAUAUCAAAGCCCUGAAAGGCAUCUCCACCUUCAAGACCCACCUAGACUUCACCCGGAAAUGCAAAGAAAAAAACAUCGUUCCACGAAGUCUCCAGUUACGCCAACCUAUCAACACAGCGGAAGGCCGGGACAUCAUCAACAAAGCUCAGCAAAGACUGGUGACAGCGCGGAUACACGAGUGCCACACGGUGAUUAGGAAGAGAGAAGUCGAUGCUUUCUUCGCCAAAAGACAGCUCGAACACCAGGUGUAUGAUGGCUACCGACAAAAAUCCACUGGGCAGAACAGUGCACCGUCUGGCUGGUGCACUUGAGCUGGACGUUGAUAACUUGGUUGCAUCUUGGGCUGCCAAAGAGGACGAUGUGGGGGAGACUGUGUGGAGCUGCCACCUGGAGAGACGGGACGCGUGUUCUCCCAUUCAGCCACCAUUUGGCCACAUUCUGGAUGUGAGGGAUCCUUCCAGGAUGAAAGAUGUCUUGCUUGUGCUUCAAGACAUUUGUGGAGACACUUUGACGUUUUCUUCCACAACUGAAUUUCAGGACAGUGUGAACGAGAGAACGGAGCCAGCAGCUAAAGAUGACUGCCACGCAUACUGUGAUGGCCUGCACGUGGCCACAUUUAGGUUUCCAACUCUAGUAAACUCACCGAGGGCUCGAAUGUCUACAGGCAGUGGUUGCAAAAAUUUUCUCUCGUUAUUGAAUCUCAUGACAUCUUCCAACUGCAGUUACGAAGAAAAUAGCUGCUCACUGCAGCCCAAUCAGCAUAAUUUGCUGUCAGACUGUUUUGCAUCUUUAAACUUAGAAAAUGAUGAAAUGAUUAAUCUAAUUUUGCCUUGCCAGGCAAGCAUUCACGUUGAACUACUGUCACUUGCAUCUAGUAGCCUCGGUGACUGGCGCUUGCUACUACCACGGCCUCGUCCAGAGCCCGGCCCAUUGUAUCCGACCACUUUGUUCACACAUGAUAUCAGCUUCUGGUUGAACGAGGGGUUUGAUGAAAAGAACCUCUUGAUGCUGAUUCACAACACAGCGGGUGACUUGCUUCGAAGCAUGGAACUUGUCGAUGAUUACGUGGACGCCAAAACUGGACGCCGCAGUCGAUGCUACAGGCUUUGUUACCAGUCCCUGUGGAAAGCCCUGAGCCAAGAAGCUGCACGAGAUUUCCAUUUGGCACUGGGCGUUGCUGUGAGCCAAGUGCUUCCUGUGAAAGUCAGGUGACUGGACGAAGUGAAUUCACUUGUCACCAUGAUUCCCCAACUGGCUAAAGAGUACAAACCGCAGGUGGAGCACUCUGCAUUAAAGAAAAUAAGUGAAUGCGUAAUUUUCUGUCGCCUAGGCUCAUCAUAAAAAAUUAUUUAGUCUCGCAGAAGGUGUAGUAAA